UACACCGAGCAGUGUACUUGGAUUCUACAUGGCCGAAAUCUUUUACUUAUAAAAAGAAAAAGCCAACUGCUGCUUUUUUUCUUUUCCUUCCUUUUUUUUUUCUCUAUUUGAUAUUGUCAUUGGUUUGUUUAUAUGGUCCCUCCUCGGUUCUACAGAUUUGAGUGAUAAUGUGAUAUAAUGUAAACAAUGCUAACAUUCUUAAAACUUGUUUUAUGCUUUUUAUUUCACUUAAUAAUAAUAAUCGUGGCGCAAUGGUUCGAAUUUGGUUAUUAGUUCUUGGAGUUUCCCUUAACUAUGUAGGAGUACAAGGUUCUUGUGGCACAUUUUGUGAUCAGAAUUGCUUCAUUUAUUUGUAAUUAUCAAUUACAAGUUUUUGUAGCACAUACAUGGAGAUUUGCCAAUGCAUUGAACCUUGUUAAACCAUGAAACUAGUUAUGGCAGAAGGUGACUUGGCUUUCGUCCCUACAAAUACUAGCCAUGAGGCUGAACCUCAGUCGAUUGAGUUUGAUGGCCAACGUCUAGACAGUGCUGGAUACAAACUACAAAACCAUAAAGUGAAGCAAUAUGAAAAUGACAACUCAAUUGAUUUCAUGAAGCGUGAACAAGAUUCAGACCUAUCAUCACAUAACAUGCAGCCAGAAGAUUGCAAGUCUAGAACAGAACUUGAUUUUUCUAGUUGCAUGAACAAUUCCAAAAAUUAUUGCAAUGCAGAGAUCGGGGAUGUUAUUGAUCCCUUGUCUCGUUCUAAUGAUUUAGAGACACUUAUGAAGUUACAGAAUGAUAUGGAAUUGGUUAAAAAGUCGGCUACAUCACAGGUCCCUAAUCCUCCAGACAUGAUAGAUUCAUUUGAGAAGCCAUUGGAUGUCUAUAUGGACAAAAGUGUCACAGAAUGCGAACCAGAAAUUGCAGUUUGUUACAGAGAGAAUAGUAAUGUUGUCAAGGAUAUCUGUAUUGAUGAAGGAGUACCAAAGAUGGAAAAGAUUUUGUUUGAGAACUUCAAUGGAAAGGCUUACAAUUUCAUUCCUUCCAAGAAUUACAACAACGAAAAACAGAAGAAAGACAGCCAUGAGAUCAAUCCACUGCAUCUCCCAUCAACAGAGGAAUCUGAUCAGGUUUCUGAUAUUGAUGAUCAUUCCGAGGAUAUGAUGCACAUAGAUGAGAAUGUGGCUCAAAAACUUGGUGAAAAUGUUAGCACAGAGAUCGCUUUCCGGCAAAAGUUAGAUACUCAAGCACAACAACGAGAUAUGCAGGGUUCUAGGUCUUCUGAAGACAGUGCUGAGCAGGUGUCUGGUAAGCUGGAAUUGCAUUCCCAAUCUGUGGAAUCCGAAAAUACAACCGAGGAAGCAGUGUUAGCUAGCCACACUUUGGCAUCAGAAGUUGAUGAAUCAAAUGGUGAUGUGGAGAACAGAAACUUGACUAAUGCGUUGGGUCCUUUGGAUCCUGUGGCUUGUGGCAAUGAUGAAUGUCACCAAGCUGUUGAAUCUCAAGCAUUUAGGCCUCUAGAAGCAGUGACCAAUGGUCAGGUUGCAACUAGUCAGGAUCGUUAUACCUUAGGCGAGUCAAGUUUCUCUGCCGUUGGCCCUGUAUCUGGUCGUAUAAGUUACUCAGGGCCGGUGCCUUAUUCCGGUAGCAUUUCUCUUCGUUCAGAUAGCAGUACAACCAGCACGAGGUCAUUUGCCUUUCCAAUAUUGCAGUCUGAAUGGAAUAGCAGCCCGAUCAGAAUGGCGAAAGCGGAGAAAAGGCAUUACCGGAAGCAUCGUGGUUGCUGGAGUGCCCUUUGCUGUAGAUUCUAAAGAUGAUUCUUCUUCUUCUUAUUAUUAUUAUUAUCAUUAUUAUUAUUUUCUUAAUUUAAUAGGUUAAAUUGAUAUAUACCAUUUAAGAUAUCCUUGAGAGUCAUGCAUAUAGCUAUUCUCUAGUGUGCAGUGAGUUGUUUUAGAAUGAUGCUGAGUUAACGCUCUUGCAAGCAAAAAUCUUUAGUUUUUAGAAUUGCUUGCAUGCCUUUUAUACCCUGUAGAUGCUAAAAUUGAUUUUAAUUUUAUUUCCAUUUAAAAAAUUCUUGUUA